AUGAUAUCUUCAGAACCUCAUGAGAUAUUUAAAUCAUUUGGAUCACAGCGCCCUCCUUCAGCGCCAGUCCUCGGACGAAAAAUAACAAGUGAAGCAGUAGUUGCAUCAAAUCAAGAAAACGGGACUCGAUACCCAAUUCCAAUUGUUAUAUCAUCUGCAAAGCCAAAGCCAGCUAAAAAGCCAAAGGAUAGAUACCUAGCUGACAUCUCAAAUAAGCCAAUAAAACGGUCUCAGGAUUUAAAGCCCAGGUUUAAGUCAAAAACGCCUGACCCAAUGCAGCGCAUUCAAAAAGCCCCAAGCACUAAGUCAAUUCAAAAGCCCACCACUUUAGUAAAAAAGCCUGCAGUACCAAGACGCUCUUCUGUUACUCCUCAGCCCAGAAUAAACAUUCACAAAGAAGCUCCUGAUAUAAAGCAAACCCCUAUUCAAGAAGACCAUGUAAAGUCAAUCGAUCACAUAAUUCAAAAUUCCAUCAAGAAACAAAAAGUCAAUAGAGAUUUAGCAGAAAAAAGGAAAAAACAGCUGAAUGAGAAUAAAGAAAAAGCCAAAAAACAGCUCGAAAAGCUUAAUCAAGAAACGAGGAAAGAAAAUCAAGUGAAAUUCAAGCAAAAUAAAUUCAAGCCAAAGAUCGCGUGAGGGGUAGAUGAAAGAAGGCUUAAUGGCAAAAAUGAUGAGAAAAUUAGAAAGGAAAGCGAAGAGAUAAGGAAGAGAAGAAGAGAAGAGAUUGAAAGAACGAAAAGCACAGGAAGAGCAAGAAUAGGACUUGAUGUGCUCUCUUCAUUAGUACCAAAUUACAGAUUGCGUAGCCAUAGUAACCAUGAGCAUUCGUUAACGCCAGAAAAAAAGCCAGUCAAAGAGCAUAACCCUGACAUCAUUCUCUACAUGAAGCAGCAGAAACGAUUGAGAAAAGAACAUGAAAGGAUUGAGCUUGAAAGACAAAGAGAAGAAGAAAACAGAAGACUUGAGCAGUUAAAAAGGCUCGAAGCCAUCACCAAAAAGAAGCAAGGAAAAUCAGCCAAAAAGAAAGCCAAGCCUAAGAAAAAGGUCAAGUCCAAAAAGGCUUUAAAAACAUAUGAAGAGCCUCAGUGGGUUGAUGAGAGUGAAUCUAAUAUUCCUGAAGAUGAAGAAGUUUUAGGCAUAAUGGAAGGAAUGAGGCUAGAAGACCCAUACGACUACAAUCGAGAAGGAAGAGAAUGCAAAGUCUUCGGGCACUUCUCAGAAGAACCUAACCUAAAUGGUAGAAGAAACUCCACACAAAAGGUUAAUGAUAUCGUUGAAAAAAGAAAGAAGCCUGAAAUAGAUCUUCCAACAGGAAGCGUGACAAUGCCAGCAAUGGAUGUUAAUGAUGACACCCCAGUUUUUAUUGACUCAAGAGAAGAAGAAAAAUACAAAGAUCUGUCAAGCUCAGAUAUCUCUAAAAGAAAAGAUGGAAUUAAGAAGAAACUUGCAGAACUUAGGAGCAGAGUAGAAAAAGCAAGGGAAUAUGCAAGGGAAGACUCGUCAGGCAGGUCAGCUUUAAAUGAAGAAGAAAGAAAAAACGCAGCAAUAAAAAUCCAAGCAUGGGUAAGAGGAUGGCAAACAAGAGAAGCAAUCAGGCAUUAUUUAGAAGAAAAUGAAGACGAGUCAUAUGAAGAAGAAUAUGAAGAGCAUUCUGAAGAUCACUAUGAAGAACAUUCUGAAGAUAAUUAUGAAGGGCUUUAUGAAGAUCACUAUAAUGGAAGUUAUAAAGAGCACUUUGAAGAUCAUUCUGAAGAGCGUACUGAAGAGCGUACUGAAAUGCAUUAUGAAGAACACUCUGAGGAGCAACAUUCUGAGGAGCAACAUUCUGAAGUUGAAGAAACAGAUGAAUGGCUAUAUAAACGACAAUAUGGACGCGAUAAUGAUAUAUCAUACUAUGAAGAAGAGGAUGAAGAAGUCCAAAAUAUUCUAGGCAAAAUUAAAAAGCCCAAACCUAUUAAUGUUGAGUCUUGGGGAGAAGAGGAGUCAGAAAGGCUUGAAACAGAUCCACAGUUCCAAAGGUUGUCCCCAGUUCCAACAGGCCACCGAAUUUCUUCACAAGAGUUGGAAAAACGGCUUGCUUCAGAGAGAAAAAAUCUAGAGCUUGCUAACUCUACCUCUUUUAAAGUGAGCAAAUCCAUUGAACAUCCCCUAUUUUUGGGAAUAUUAACAUCUUUAAGGCGUGAAAAAUAAUUUUUUUUAAUAUAUAAAAAAUUUUUAUAAUUAAUUUGAAUAUAAUAAUUUAUAUAACAAUCUCUGCACUCCUAUUAAAAACAUUUAGGCAACCUUGUAUUCUUAUCUAUUAUUUAGUAAAUUAAAUUAGUUUUUUUUUCAAAUAUUUUCUAAAUUUGAUUUUUUUAAACUCAAAAAUUUUUAUAUAACUUUAAUUAAAAAAAUUAAACCCCUUAAGAGCUUAAGAAUGAGCAAGAUUUUAUGUUCUUUCUUAGCAAAGGAUUAAGAAAAAACAAAAAGAGAUAGAAAGUAUCUUGAAAACCCAAAUGCAAUGGAGAGUCCAGCAGAAAGAAAACUUAUUGAAACUCAAGAAAAAAGACCUUCAAGACAUGCAAAAGGUUGCAGAGAAGCUUGGGACUGAGUCUGGUGCUAUGAAAAUCUUCCAAGAAAUUAUUGAUCGAAGAUAUGCGCAUCUUGACCAUUUAUUUGAUGAAAAUAUUGAAGCAGUGAAAGCUGCACUAGCAGAAAGAGUAGAUAGCAAUGAUGAAGGCUCUCUUUUGAGAACUUUUGAAUUCCAAAAAGCGUUAGCAAGCCAGCUGAUGGAAGACCAAACAAAUAUGAGAUUUGAUUCGCAAAGUGAGGAUAUUGAAAAAAUAAUCAGUGGCAUGAUGGCUGCCCAGUCUUCCAAAGAAACUGAAAAUGAAGAAAUUUGGCAUGAAAACCUUGCUGAGUCCAAAGGAGAAAGGAGUGUUCGGAUAAGUGAGCUCGAAAUAGAGAGCUCAAAAAUAAGAGAUGACUCUAAGUCUAACGAAAAAAGCUCACAAAUAAAUGUGAGAAAUAUUCCCUAUAUUCCAAGCCUCCCGAAGCACGAUAUUUCAGAUAGUUUUAUUGACCAAAUAAAAGGUCUCGAAACUCCUUCAAAUAAUUCUUUUAUUAUUUCUCCUCAGCCUGAUAGAGAUGAAAUUUAUAUUGAAUCCCCUUGUGAAGGAACAAUAACCUCAGAAGAACCCCUAAUGGAAGACCCAAGGAUUUCAACCGAGGUUGGAGAAGAACCUUAUCUAGAGUUUUCGCAUCCAGCUCAAAUAUCAACAAUUCCAACAAUCCCUGAUGAGCCAUCAAUACCAGAAUUUGAAGCUACUGACUCCCUCCCAGUGAGUAAACAAACAAAUUUUGUUCGCUCAUGGAAAGGGGUAAAUUUUUUGAAAAAAAUUAUAUAUAAACUUUAUAAUAAUUUUUUUUUUUCGAAAUUAAACAGAAUCAAUUCGCAAAAUUGAAAAGUAAAAUUAAUUCAAUUUCCCAAAAUUUAUGUUAAAAAUGCCACCUGUUUAAAAUUAAACAGAAUUAGUUAGAGAUUUCAUAUAAUAAUUGCCAUUAUUCCUCGAAAUUUUUUUUAAAUUUUUGUUUGCUCAUGAAAUGGGUAUUUUACCCAAAAAUUGUGAUUUUUUUGAAUGAUUUUGUUCGCUCACGGAGGGGGAGUGAGAAAUCUGAGUCAGAGUCAAUGGCUUCAUUCCAUAGUGAGGUUUAUAUUGACUCUAAAAGGUCGUAUGAAGACUUUGAGAGCGACCUUUAUCAACUGCAAUUUAUUGGGAAUCAAGUUAGUUCAGUCGAAAACAGCGAACAUCUUGAUAGUGUAUCUUCUGCAUAUAAAGAAGAGAAAAAAGAAAUUAUCGAAAACCAGGAUUCAUUUGAUGGUAUUCAUAGUCCUCCAGCUGAAGCUUCGUCUUCACUUUUAUCGCUGGAUCCAAACCCUCCUGAAGCAUCUAUUGAUGAUACUAGCAAAUCUUCUUCUAGUCGUGAUAUUUCAGACAGACAAUUACCAGCAAAUCCUAAAGGGAGCCCGCAGAAUCUUGACAUUAAAGAUCUCGGCGAAAUCGAGACGAGGAUCAAAAAGUCUCCAGAAAUUCCAAAACUGAAAAUUAAUAAAACUUCGUUUGAAAAUGAACAAAACUCUUCAAGCUUCCAGAGCCCUGAGCCUUCCCCACAAAAGCUUGAUGAUUCAAUACCUUUGGAAGGAAAAAAUAAGAACAAAAAAUUUGAUGAAGAUCUAUAUGAAUUGGAUAAAAGUACAGAAUUUCUAUUUGAACCUGAAGAUGUAGCAAAUAUUUCUGAAGUGCUGCUUAAACAACUCUUAUCAGAGGAAAUUGCAAACGCAAUAAAACCUGAAAAAGAGUGGCUUAAAAUAAUCAAAAUUGACAGUCAGCCAGCUGUAGAUACUGAUGCAAAAGCAGUUGACAGCUACCUGGAGAAACUUCUGACCUUAAUUCAUGAUAAUGCUCAAGACAUCGAAUAUUCUUUAUCUACUCCUGUCCCUAACAGCCCAAUGGAAAUGCUCUCCAAAAUGCAAGAAAAUGAAAUAGGAACAGCCGUAAUCCCAGACAUCCCUCCACCAAUCCUUAACAUCGAUAUGUAUUUAGAAAUUGAAAAGCAAAUUUCUGACCGAUCUCUUGACCCCGCAGUCCAAGAAGCCCAGCAUAUCCACAAUAAAAUGAUUUUUGACUCUUUCAACGAAAGUCUACAAAAGCACCGCAUCUAUGGUGAAACUGGAGAGCCACUGCCCUGGAGCUUUGAUAUUCGCGCCAUUCAUUACCAAUACCCUAACAUAAAACAAAUUUGUGAGAAAUCCAAAGAAGAAGUUUUGCUUUGGAGCAGUAUGCAGGCAGGAAAAGUUCCUAUUUUAGAAAGCAAUAAGAGUUCUGGAAACAUUGACGAAGAAAUGCUUCAAAAUAUCAGGGAAGAUAAAUUAGCCAGUAUGCUUGCACUCGAAGUGGUAGAGCGAGACCACCAGUGGGUGAACUAUGAAUUCGAAGAAAACCAAGUGAAGCUUGAUAUUGCUGACAUGGUGCUUGAACAUUUGGUGACAGAAGUGAUCACUAUACUUGAAUAA